AUGCCGCUGCCGGGAAUGGCGAGAAGGUUCCGGCGCUGCCAGACGGCGCCGUCUCACAACGCCGAGCAAGGAUCCAUUCUCCUGAGGCAGAACAUGAGUCGGAAGGGCGCCAGCGGCACCUUGCCGCCGGUGCCGCCCAAUGGGCUGAUCACCGGUGCGCGGCCGAGGUUCUGGCUCGUGGGCAUCCUCCUGCUCGCGUACCUCCUCGCCGGGACCGCCGCGUUCUACCUCGCCAUGGACGACAUGUCCGGUGACCGCAGCGGCAACCUCGCGCUGGACGCGCUCUACUUCUGCGUGGUCACAAUGACCACCGUCGGGUACGAUGACAUCGUCCCGUCCAGCGACGUCGCCAAGCUGCUGGCCUGCGUCUUCGCCUUCGCCGGCGUGGCCCUGGUCGGAGCCUUCCUUAGCAAGGCCGCCGACUACCUUGUCGAGAAGCAAGGCGCUCGUCUUCCGCGCGGUGCACCUUAA